UGCGCCAACAGGUAAAAAAAAGGGACUUCAGCUUUUUGUCUUCUCCGGCGGAAGAUGGCGGCGGAGAGGCUGAGAACGAAAUGGAUGGCUAUGACGGCGAGCAUAUGGAUCCAGUGCACCGGAGGAGGUUCAUACACCUUCGGAAUCUACUCGGCGAUCUUGAAAUCAAGUCAAUCCUACGACCAAUCAACUCUUGACACAGUCUCCGUCUUCAAAGACAUCGGUGGUAACGUCGGCGUUUUAUCGGGACUUCUAUACACCGCAGCAACCUUCGAUCGCCGUCGCAGAGACGGACGGGAAGGUCGAGGAGGACCGUGGGUGGUGAUUUUGGUCGGAGCGGUUUUGUGCUUCACCGGUUAUUUCCUCAUGUGGGCUUCCGUUACCGGUCUGAUUAGGCGACCGCCGGUUCCGGUUAUGUGUCUGUUUAUGUUCAUAGCUGCUCAGUCUUUGACGUUUCUUAACACGGCCAACGUUGUUAGCUCCGUUGAGAAUUUCGCCGAUUAUGGUGGCACUGCCGUUGGAAUUAUGAAGACCUUCUUUUUGCAGGGUUUUGUUGGUCUAAGUGGAGCAAUGUUAAUUCAACUGUAUGAAACAAUAUGCCCUGGAGAUCCAAAGAGUUUCAUUCUUCUACUUGCAGUAGUACCUUCACUUAUCUCUGUCUUGGUGAUGCCUCUUGUCAGGAUCUAUGAGACAAGCACGGUCGAUGAGAAGAAGCAUUUAGAUGGUUUAUCAACUUUAUCUCUUAUCAUUGCAGCUUACCUAAUGAUCAUUAUUACUCUGAAGAGCACUUUUGGUUUACCAUCAUGGGCCAAUGCCGUCACACUUUCAAUUCUACUCUUCCUGCUUGCCUCUCCUCUGCUAGUUGCAUUGAGAGCACGCAGAGACAAUAUCGAGAAACCAUUAUCGCCUGCUUAUUCUCCUCUUGUAGACAACCUGGAAACAACAAACUCUGGUGAGAUCUUGCUGCUGAAUGAAGAUAAAAGCUUGAAUCUUUUGCAAGCUAUCCGUAAGGUAGACUUUUGGUUGUUGUUUCUUGCAAUGGUAUGUGGAAUGGGAUCGGGGAUCUCGACGAUAAACAACAUGAGACAAAUAGGCGAGUCUCUUCGAUACUCUACAAUGGAGAUAAAUUCGUUGCUGUCUUUAUGGAGUAUAUGGAACUUUAUUGGUCGGUUUGGAGCCGGUUAUGCGUCGGAUGCAUUGCUCCACAAGAAAGGAUGGCCACGUCCGUUGCUAAUGGCUACAACUCUUGGAGCCAUGACUUUAGGCCAUCUAAUCAUAGCCUCUGGUUUUCAAGGAAACCUCUACGCCGGUUCGGUUAUCGUAGGAAUUUGUUAUGGCUCACAAUGGUCGUUAAUGCCAACAAUUACGUCAGAGUUAUUUGGGGUUAAGCAUAUGGGCACAAUCUAUAAUACCAUCUCGAUUGCUAGUCCUAUGGGUUCAUAUAUCUUCUCUGUGAGAUUGAUUGGUUAUAUCUAUGAUCAGACCAUUACUGGAGAAGGUAACACUUGUUAUGGUCCUCGUUGUUUCCGAUUGGCCUUUGUGAUUAUUGCAACUGUGGCUUUCCUCGGGUUUCUGAUCUCCUGUGUGCUGCUUUUUCGGACCAAGAUUAUGUACCAACAGAUCUUCGAGAAGAGGUUCCAUCGUCGGUAAGAGUAUUGACAUGUGAAUAUCAUUAUUUCAGGUACAGAGCCAUUUGUCUUUGUAUUUACAUUUGAUUGUUUAUAUUUAUUAAAUUUGUAAUGAUUGUAACAUGUAUUUUGUGUAAAUACAAGUACAUAUAUUUACUUGGAGAAGAUAAUCCCAAGAAAACUCGUUUUUUAUGUU